AUGAAGGGAGUUGUCGAAGGACAAUGUGGGCAACAAAAUGCCCUUGUCGGUUUGGCCAACACAUUCGGAACCUCCAAUCAACGAGUUGGUCCGAGUAAUGCUGCCUCAUCCCUCCUCCCCUCAUCUUCACUCGGCGAGCAAAUGGCCAAUGAGUUCUUGCGACAGAAGGCGAACACGAUGGCUCCAACGAGUUUCAGCAUGAAGUCAAUGCAAAAUAAUCUGCCACAAGCGUCCGGCUCGUCUAGUAUGGCUGGAAAUUGGGCACAAGAGUUUCAGCCAAGACAGAACCAACUAGCCUCCCAAUGGACGCAACAAUUCACUUCCGGACAAACAUCCCAGGGUCUUGAAUCAGCUUGGCGCCAAGCGAUGCCCCUCACGUCUUCCACGUCUUCAACAGCUCCUCAGGAUUCUUCGAUGUGGUCAUCUGAAUACCUGGAUACUAUCGACACAUCUCUCCAACAGUCAUCUGGGAGCAGCGCAUGGGCUGAUGACUUUUUGAAUCAACAGGAUAAUGCAGGAAUGGAAAACACGUGGAAAGAUAGCACACAGAUGUUUGAGAAUAGAUGGGAGGAGAUCAAAAGGGAAAUGGAGAAGGAGGAGACUAUGCAGAAUCCAGCCAACUAUAUUUAUCAGGAGUCUAACCCCUACCUAUCCUCAUCUGAUGCCCUUUUGGAAGGUGACAUGUUAAUGAGAAGUGGAGAUAUUGGGAAUGCGAUGCUGGCCUAUGAAGCAGCAGUGCAGAAGGAUCCACAAGAUGCGAGGGCUUGGUGUAAGCUGGGAUUGGCUCAUGCGGAGAAUGAGAAGGAUCAGCUGGCUAUGCAGGCGUUUAAUAAGUGUCUGCAGAUUGAUGCGGGGAAUAAGGAGGCACUCCUCGCACUAUCCGUGUCCCAAGCUAACGAAGGAAUGGAGAACGAAGCCCUGCAUCAACUAGACAAAUGGAUGUCUUCUUAUUUGGGCUCCAACACCACUCAGGUCACUACGACCCCUCCGAUGUACUCAUCUUUUCUCGAUAACGAAACAUUCAAUCGAGUAGAAGCCCGAUUCCUCGACGCCGCUCGUCAACAGGGAGCUACUCCUGAUCCGGAUCUACAGAAUGCACUCGGUGUUCUCUAUAAUUUGAAUAGGAAUUUCGCGAGGGCAGUCGAUUCGUUGAAACUUGCGAUCUCAAGGAAUCCAGGGGACGCCCGUCUCUGGAACCGUCUUGGCGCCACUAUGGCUAAUGGAGACCGCACUGCCGAGGCUAUCUCUGCCUAUAGAGAAGCAUUGAAACUCUAUCCAACUUACGUCAGAGCCAGAUACAAUUUGGGAAUCUCUUGUAUGCAAUUGUCAUCUUAUGACGAGGCAUUGAAACACUUCUUGUCUGCACUGGAGUUGCAAAAAGGAGGGAAUGAGGCGUCGAGUAUUUGGAGUACUAUGAGAUCGGCUGCUAUCCGAACUUCCAAUGUUCCUGAAUCCCUACUUCGAGCUGUGGAGACAAGGGAUCUGGCAGCUGUAAAGGCUUCGUUAGCCCUAAUCUGCGACAAAGGUUACCGAGUGUCCUCCAUCAAGCGCGCUAAGACAGCUUACAGCUUGUUGGGCAGUCUUACUGUAGAAUGUGAGCAGAUUGCUCUCGGAGAGUCAACGAAUUGUGCUCCACAACAGAGUGUCCCAAAGUGUACAGGAUUGUUAGAGGGCUGCACCGGUAACACAUGGCUAGGAGGGUUCCAUGUGUAUCUGUUGGAGAACACCACUCAAGCUGCGGUUCUCGAUCCAGUAUGCUGUUCAUCUCCAUCUGUUCAGAUAGAUUCUGGAUCUUGUAUCAAUGAUCAGUUGAAUACUGGAACACAUGAUUUCUCACAUUCAAUCGUUGCUGAUUUGGUCUACCGUGGCUGGCAAUGCUGGCAUCAAUACGAUCGCAAACGAACUCUCGUAGACCUUCUGUGGAAAACUGAGAUUUGUCCGUUCUCCUCAUCCGAUUUUCCAGUAAUCACUAGAAAGACCGAUUGUGAAGAAUGUUCUUGUGAAUGUGGUAUCGAACAAUGCUCGAAUGGAGCCAGUCCAGUCAGAGUGAUUCACAAGAAGCUUCUGUUGCCAUGUGCUUGUGAUUGUACAUGCACUUUUAAGUGUUUGUAG